AUGUCAGACUCCCAUAACUCUACCUCCCCUACUUUCCUCCUGACUGGGAUCCCUGGUCUUGAAUGGGCCCAUGUCUGGAUAUCCAUUCCUGUCUUUUGCCUCUAUUUAACUGCCCUUUCUGGAAAUACCUUGAUCCUGUUUGUAGUCUUCACUGAGCCUAGCCUUCAUGAGCCCAUGUACUAUUUCCUCUCCAUGUUGUCUACCACUGAUAUUGGUUUAUGCAUCUCUACCCUGAUCACAGUUCUGGGAAUAUUCUGGCUCAAUGCCAGAGAGAUCAGCUUCAAUGCUUGCUUAUCCCAGAUGUUUUUCAUUCACCUCUUCACUUUCAUGGAAUCUUCGACACUCCUGGCUAUGGCCUUUGACAGGUUUGUGGCCAUCUCUAACCCUCUGAGAUAUGUUACCAUCCUAACUCACGCAAGAAUUGCACAGAUUGGUGUGGCAGUCAUUAUCAGAGGGACUGUGAUUUUGACACCAUUGGUACUGCUCCUGAAACGUCUAUCAUUCUGCCGCAACCACGUGCUCCGCCAUUCCUACUGUUUUCACCCAGAUGUGAUGAAACUUUCAUGUUCAGACACAAGGAUCAAUAGUGCAUUUGGACUAACUGCAAUUAUCUCUACUGCUGGAGUGGACUCCAUCUUUAUCUCACUUUCUUACAUUCUCAUUAUUCACUCUGUUCUCAGCAUUGCAUCUCCAGAGGAGAGGAAAAAGGCCUUCAACACCUGCAUCUCUCAUAUCACUGCUGUGGCCAUAUUCUACAUUCCUUUGAUCAGUCUGUCUUUUGUUCACAGGUUUGGUAAACAUGCUCCACCCUAUGUGCCUACCCUCAUUGCUAAUAUAUACUUGCUAAUCCCUCCUGUGAUGAAUCCUAUCAUCUAUAGUGUGAAAACAAAACCAAUUCAAAAAGCUAUGCUUAAACUUGUAUGUUCUAAAGGAACUCAUAUUUAA